CCUUCAACCUUCGUCUUACUUUCUCCGAAAACUAAUUUUUCUCCUCUGCUUCUUCAAUGAUCUUAUUCUUGUAGUUCAGACUUUUUCGUCUCUGUUUCUAUUUUCUUUGCUUGAAGCUCUUAACUAUGGCGGUGGAUCUGAUGAGUUUUCCAAAGAUGGACGAUCAAAUCGCUAUUCAAGAGGCUGCAUCGCAAGGAUUGAAGAGUAUGGAGCAUUUGAUUCGUCUUCUUUCUCACAAGCAAUCUUCAAGCCAUGUCGAUUGCUCUGACCUAACAGAUGCAACCGUUUCCAAGUUCAAGAAAGUGAUUUCUCUCCUCAAUCGAACCGGUCACGCCAGAUUCCGGCGAGGUCCGGUUUCUUCGGCAUCCUCCUCGUCCUCCGGUUCAUCUGCUCAUCUAUCUCUUCCUCAAAAUCAGGCCAUGAAUCUCACUCCUACUCCGUUUACUUCACCGACGAAUGUUCCUGCUCCGCCGUUUGCCGCGACAGUGGCCGCUUCGGCUACCGUCGCUCAGCCGCAGGCGAAAGUCGUUGCUGUCGCGGCCAACUUCCUUCAGUCGCAGCCUCAGAGUAUGACUCUCGAUUUCACUAGGCCGAAUAUUUUGAACUCUAACCCUAAGGGAACCGAUUUGGAAUUUUCUAAGGAUACCUUCAGCGUCUCUUCGAGCUCCUCGUUUAUGUCCUCUGCUAUAACCGGAGACGGAAGUGUAUCCAAUGGAAAAUUAGGAACGUCGAUCUUUUUAGCACCAGCGCCGACUGCUUCCGGUGGUAAACCGCCGCUCUCGGUGACGCCCUACAAGAAGAGAUGUCACGAACACGAUCAUUCCGAAGAUUUAUCCGGGAAAUUUUCCGGAUCAACAUCUGUUUCCGGCAAGUGCCAUUGCUCAAAGAGAAGAAAAAAUCGGUUGAAAAAGACGAUUCGAGUCCCGGCGAUUAGUUCAAAAAUCGCCGAUAUUCCACCGGACGAGUACUCUUGGAGGAAGUACGGUCAGAAGCCAAUCAAAGGAUCUCCAUACCCACGGGGAUAUUAUAAGUGUAGCACAAUGAGGGGAUGUCCGGCGAGGAAACACGUGGAGAGAGAUCCGAACGAUCCGGCGAUGUUGAUUGUAACGUAUGAAGGAGAGCACCGCCAUACGCAGAGCUCGUUGCCGGAAAAUAUGGCGCCUGGAGUAGCUUUAGUUUUUGAGUCAACUUGAAGGAAAAAUAAAGUGGGUUUGGAGAGGGAAUGAGGAGAAAAAAGAAAAAGAAAAUUUGAAUUUUGACUUUUAUUUUAUCUCUUCUGAUGAUUGUACAUUAAAAAAAAAAAAAGACGAAGAAAUUCAGAAUUAAAAAAAAAUUGUUUUUUUUUUUCUUUCUUUUUUGGUAAAAAUAUUCGCAUUCUGGCAGAUAGAAUCUGGGUGUGUUUGAAAAUAUAAAUAAAAGUUGGGGGGGAAAAUGGAAAUUGGAAAAUGUUUAGGGGUUGAUUGGUGAGGGUAUGAAAAGUCAAAAGAAGGUGGAAAAUGGUGGUCAGUUACCGGUGAGAGGUUGUCAAUCAAUCAAAUUCACAAAUUGGUAUGUGGGGCCCAUUCAAUAAAAAGACUUUUUUUUCCCACUAGAA